GGCCAAUCCCUCGACGUCCCCGUUCAGCGUCGCCGCCGUCCCCUUGCCCUAGCCAUCACCUCCCCUCCUCCUCUCCAGCUCCCGAGAUCGCCGCCGCUGAGCGUCGCCGCCGGGUCAGCGCCGUCUACUCCUCCUCGCCAUCGAACUCACCCCUCGUCAUCAGCCACGCCUCCGAUGGCAUUUGAGCUCAGCCCUCAGGUUCAUCGCCGCCUCCGGAGCUCGACCAAGCCCUCGACGUCUGCCCUCAUGGCUUCGAACAAAUUGAAAGAGUCGACGUCUUCGAAUUCUUCAAAAUCAAAGCCUACCUCUUCUAAAUGCAAUAAUCCUCCAACUUCGUAAGUAAUUUGCCAUGAUAUAUUUAAUUUUUAACUCUUUCUGAAUUAUAAUUUUUGUUGUAAGCCAUGAUGUAUAAUGUUUGUGUUAAUAAACUUGUUAAUAUGCGUCUUAAUUUGCCCAAAUAUAUUUAAUUUUUAACUCUUUCUGAAUUAUAAUUUUCUUGUAGGGCUAAGAUAACACACUUGAGAAUUCCGGCCAAUUUGUGUUAUUUUCGAGAUUUAAUUGAUAAGCGAAUAAAAUUAGAUGAAAGACACCUAAAAGCCCUACAGACGACACCUUUUCACAGCUUUCUCAAUAUACCCACAUCCUUGAGCAAUGAGCAAAUAGCAAUUGAUUGCUUGAUUCAAAAUUUUAAUCCUGAUAAAUGCUCAUUCAUGAUUGGGAAUAAAAAUUGUGUGUUCGGUAUAGAUGAUAUUCACCGAAUUACCGGAUUGCCAAAGGAGGGAAUUCCGAUAAAAAUGAGUGGGGCAGCGGCUAAUACAAUCUACACCUAUUUUGUAAAGAAUUAUAAGAAAGCCGAUGAGGAAAAGAAGGCGGUGAUUUCGGGGAAGCGCGAUAGAAUGGCCGAGAUGAUUGUAGAUAUGAUUAAUGAAGACCCUAUAAUAUGUGUGAAACUUAUUGUGGCUUUCAUUAUCGGCUUCAUAUUAUGCCCGCGGACAUGUAAGACAUGUCCCUUGUGGGCGUUUAGAUAUGCGGAGCAGUUAUCAACUUUGCAUAAAUAUAAUUGGUGCCAUGCGGUGUUCACUCUUCUUUGCAAAGAGAUGAGUAAAUCAAAGAAGUCUCUUAGUAUGCGGGAAUUAGGUCAGCGCUCAAAUGCCGGGUACAUGGGUGGUUUUUCCUCCGUUUUACUGGUUUGGUUUUAUGAAAAAGUAGGGGAAUUAGAGUACACUUCAGAUAUUGAAAGGUUACCGCCGCUCUUUUGUGUGAAGAGUACUGGAAAGUGGAGGAGGACUACUAUGAACAAAUUAUAUAGAGUCCCGAAGUUGGUUACGGAUAAUGGCCAAGAGAAUACUCCUCUUAUUCAUACGGCAUCGCCAAUAGUAUUUGAAUCAAGGAAAGCUGAAUUAAUUUUCUUAAUUGCGGAGAAGACGUACGAGUUGAAUGAGCUCACUACAGAAUUACGAGAAUUAGAAGAGCGUAGUGCUAGAUGCCAAAAAAAACCAAGGAGAAAGAGGAUGACGGAAAUGUAACUGAAGAAAAAAAAUCAAAGAGGAUAUGGAAGCUAAGGAAUAUGAGAAUUUGGAAGGAACUGGGGAAGCCGAUUUAUGUGAUGACUUUGUGAUGAGCGCAAGAGACGUGAGAAUUUUAGAAGAUGCUCGAGAUGUUUCUCAAAAAGAUGAAGGUGGUAAUGAGAAUAACAGAGAAACGCCAUCUAUCAAACGGGCUGUCGGAAAGAGGGAGAGGAAGGAUGGACCCUCUGUUACUUCACCUUAUAUGCCUCUAGAUCAACCAAAGGAAGGCACAAAGAAGAGACGUGUCAUCCAGAUAUUGGAUAGUCCUGAUGGGAAAAAAAAGUACAAAAAUGAAGAAGGCUUCAUACCUACAUCUAGAGACUAUCCAGGUAAGGCACUGGCGUUUGAUUAUGAGAACAAAUUAAUUGAAGACUUUCUACAAUCGAGAAUGAACAGUGAUACGUACAUUUGGAAGUGUGCCGAAGCAAGCGUAUCUCGCUUAGAUGCUUAUAUACUAUUAACGGGAGGUGAACUCAGUGACGAUGUGAUCGAUGCAUUUGUUAUUCGGCUUUGUAACAAGAUUGAAACAACUGAUAGUUAUGAUCGAAAGAUACAUGUCACAAGACCUUGGCUUGCACAAGCAUUUCUAGAAGGAAAUCUUGAAAUGGUGGCAAAACGAAUGAAGGAAAAUGUUUCUCAGCAGAAGUUCUUGGAGUGUGAAAGAAUUCUGAUCCCGAUUGUCAGCUCCGGACAUUGGCACCUGGUAGAGUUAGUGAGAGAGGAGACAAAAUUCUAUCACUACUCCUCAAUCAACUCCCCCAUUUAUACCGCCGAUGCUGUGAAAUUUAUAAAUAAGUUUAUGAGUUUCAUUGAGAGUAAUUGGGGAUUGGGGAAAUUGGAGCAUCAUGGUCUUGUGUCAGUUACCGUGCCACAACAAGGACCGUAA